AUGCAGGCGGGUGCCCAAGCGGCCUCUGCUCUUGUCUUUCAAUUGCCCAUCCUGCCUCCUGGCGCAGUGGAGGUUCUGUGGAAUCUGCGGCAGGCACUGCCAAAGCGUAGCAGUGCAUUUACGGCUCUCCUAAUUGCGGCACCUACCAUUUGGCCUAGCGAGCUUCGCUCUGGUCUUCGGCCCGCCUGUCUGUCAGCCUGGCAACGGGGUAUGAGAAUGACCGGAGUGUGGACAAGUUUGCUUGAAGAACUGUACAGGUAA